AUGUUAUAUGCAUAUGAAACAGAAGCCGAACAAGUAAUGGCAUCGCAACAUUUAAAUUGGGAAUGGCGAUCAAAUGGAGAUCUUGCUAUCUGCACAACCCUUGAUGCAUUGAGAGCACAUCCAGUGAGUGGAGAGCUGAUUUGGUUUAACCAAGUGACGACCAACCACGCUUCAUAUUAUCAAGCCUACCCAAAGUACUCAUCACCCGAGCAUCUUGAUCCAUGGAAGGUACCUUACCACUGCACUUACGGUGAUGGUGAAGAAUUUGAAGAGUACGUUCUUGAUCACAUUAGAACAACUAUAUGGAACAAUGCGAUGAGCCUGAAGUUAGAAGCCGGCGAUAUAUUACUAAUGGAUAAUUUUUUGUGCCAGCACUCCAGAACGAGGUUCAAUGGAGACCGAAUUUAUGCAGUACAACUUAUAGAAUAA